AUGGCCCCUCAACGUCGCAUCCGCAUAGCCCUCUUGCUCUGUGAUACACCAAUUCCCGACGUAAUCGCGUCAGAUGGCGACUAUACUGCCAUAUUCAACACUCUUCUCCGUAAAUCCCUUCCCUCCGACACCAACAUCGACUAUGUUCUUGAUCCCUACGACGUCCGCAACAAGCUGGAAUACCCGGAGAACAUUGACGACUACCAGGCCGUCAUCCUGACCGGAUCCGCGGCGUCUGCAUACGACAACCUGGAGUGGAUCAACCGCCUUGUGCUCUAUGUGCGUCAGGUGGCGCUGGAGAAGCCGCCUAUUAGGCUGAUUGGCAUCUGCUUCGGACAUCAAAUCAUCGCUCGUGCUUUGGGCGGCGAAUGUGUGCCUAACGAUGGCAAGUGGGAGGCGGGCGUAACCGAAAUCGCUCUCACAGACGUCGGAAGACGUCUUUUCGGGGCAUCAACGCUGAAUAUACAACAAAUGCACCGCGACCACGUACCGGAUGUCCCGCCGUCCUUCGACUUACUCGGCUCGACGCCUAUUGCGCCCAACCAGGGGAUGGUGCAGUUCUAUCCAUCUGCGGACUCCGACAGCGCAAAGGCCGAGGAUGUGCACAUUUUUACAGUGCAGGGCCACCCAGAAUUCACGCAGCGCAUUUCAGACAAGAUUGUCAACGCUCGCGCCUCCACGGGUGUGAUCAGUAAGGACGUCGCGGAAGAUGUGCGUAGGCGUGCAGCGUGGAGGAACGAUGGGGUAGACGUCAUUGGGAAGGUCAUUUGGCAGGUCAUGAGCGCGGGGGUAUAG